AUGUCAUCUCAAUCAACAAGGAAGAACAAGAAUGCAAUCAUCACAAAAAAGUCAACCAAAACCUUCAUCGAAGAAGCUAUGGACAUCAAUGGACCGAAGGAUAAUUUGUUUGACGUAGCAGACUCAACGGAUUGGCUAAAUACACCACUUGCUAAGUUCGCAGAUGUUGAUUCUUUAUUGCGAUGUCAAGUCUGUAAGGACUUCUUCACCACGCCUAUGAUUACAUCUUGCUCGCACACAUUUUGUUCACUCUGUAUACGAAGAUGCCUAAACAAUGAUUCGAAAUGCCCGACUUGUAGAUCGAAUGAUCAAGAGGUUAAACUGAAAUCAAAUGCGGUUAUUGAGGAUUUGGUUGAGGCUUUCAUAAGGGCUAGACCAGCUGCAUUGGAACUUGCGAGGAAACCUGCCGUGGAACAUACAAUCACAUCUCCAAAAAGGAAGCGCGAUGUAUCGGAUGUAGGUGGACUCGACGGGCAAGCAAAUAAAAAGACGAGAUCUUCAACAAGGCGAGCAACGAGACGACUCGAGAGCGUUGAGGCUGUAGAGGAGAUAAUAUCCAUUGACAAUGUGGAAGAUGACGAGGAUUUCAAACCUAAUGAUGGCCUUACUGCAUGUCCGGUGUGCAAUCGACGGAUGACAGCGAAAAGUGUUGAAGCUCAUAUUGGAAGAUGCCUUGCAGAAUCCGAACCUACUAGUCAAUCUACAAGUAAACUAUCGAAGCCCUCAUUUCCCUCCCAGCCAGUCAAUCGGCCGGAUCGAUUACCUGUCGUCAACUUUAGUUUAAUCAAAGACCAGGCAUUGAGGAGAAAGCUUUUAGAUCUAGGAAUAUCUGCGGCCGGUGGAAGGGAGAUGAUGAGGAAGAGGUUAACGGAAUACACGACUAUAUGGAAUGCCAACUGCGAUGCGAAAUAUCCGAGAGGCACGGCACAGUUGAAGAAAGAUCUUGAUUCUUGGGAAAGAACACUGGGUUCACGAGCACCGCAACCAAGCGCAUUAUCUGCCCAUAUCAAGGAUAAGGAUUUCGAUGGGCUGGCCUGGAGUGAGCAGCAUAAAGGUAGCUUCAAUGACCUGAUAGCUCAAGCUCGUCAGAAGAUGCAAAGCAAAUCGCCCAAGGAGUCAGAGGAGGAUGAUCCGUCAGCAUCUACAAUGACGCCCCCGGUUUCCAGUCAAAGUUUACAGGAUAUCGCGUUUAGUCAGGAUGUCGUGGAAAGGCGAGAAGAUGCAUUAGUAGAUAUACAGAGAGAUAGAGCAAAUACCGAAACCACCUCAUUAACACCACACCAAUCACUGCAAGAAACAUCAGCAGCCAGCAAUCCACCAUCUCAAAGACGUUUCCUUGCCGAAACCGCAAAUCAACUACCCGAAAGCUCAUUGGAGCCACCCCCAUCAUCACAAUAUGAGGAACAUUUGCCUAGAAUGCGAGGGCAAGAUACACAGGAUGGAGUUAUCAGUACAGAUUCAAACACAAGCAGGCUGUCGCAACCAUAA